CACUCAUUGCUCUUGUGUUUCAGUCUUUAACAGCUUUGUGGCUCCCAUCACUUUUGCUCUCUUUCUACAGUCCUGCUGUUCUGUGCAGGUCAGGCCUGACAGUCUGCUGCCCUGUUUCAGAUCAAGGAUUGGAUUCCUUCAGGUGGUUAAUGGAAAAACUAAAUGGAAAAACUGAGCCUGAGGCCACUCAGACAAAACCUUCUUUCAGCUGCGAUGGAAGACAUCUUUGAAAACAUUUCAGUGAGGGAACAAUUCGUCUGGAUCUGCCCAGAAUUUCUUCUGUAGCCGCCAUCAUUCCGUGCUGUGGGGCCGACCCCAAGAUGUCUUCUAAUGGAGACCUGAGUGAGCUGGGGAGCUCUGACAGCUUCUGGGAGCCGGGGAACUACAAAAGGACGGUAAAGCGGAUUGACGAUGGCCACAGGCUGUGCAAUGAGCUGGUCACCUGCUUUCAGGAGAGAGCCAAGAUAGAAAAGCACUACGCUCUUCAGCUCAGUGACUGGGCCAAGAGGUGGAGGGUUGUUGUGGAGAAAGGGCCCCAGUAUGGUACACUGGAAAAGGCUUGGCAUGCCUUCAUGCAAGCGGCUGACCGACUCAGCGAGCUGCACAUGGAGCUGCGGGAGCGGCUGGCGAGUGAGGACAGCGAGAAAGUGCGCAGCUGGCAAAAAGAGGCCUUCCACAAGCAGAUGAUGGGAGGUUUCAGGGAGACAAAGGACGCGGACGAUGGCUUCCGCAAAGCUCAGAAGCCCUGGGUCCGUAAGCUGAAGGAGGUGGAGUCAACUAAGAAGAGUUACCAUCAGGCCAGGAAGGAGGAGUGGACGGCGGCUAACAGGGAGGCGCACGCCAAGGCUGACCCGACCAAGUCACAAGAGGAAGUUCGCAAAUACACAACCCGGGUGGAGCGCUGCAACCAGGACACCGAGAAAGCAAAGGAGCGUUACUCCAAGGCUUUGGAGGAGCUGAACCGCUGUAACCCCCGCUACAUGGAGGACAUGGAGCAGGUGUUCGACCUAACCCAGGAGGCCGAGCGCAAGAGGCUGUGUUUCUUUAAAGAUGUCCUGCUCGACAUCCAUACACACCUCGACCUGUCCUCCAAAGACAGGAGUGGUCUCCAGAGGCAAGUCGCUCCAUCAGCAAGAAGAUGCACAGUGGAAACUCUGAGGAGAACGUGGUGACCCUCACCAACAUCGUCUCCUCUGCUGGAGGCGAUGUCCCACCGAGUCCCAUUACCCUGGACACCAGCAGGGUGAAAGAUUAUUCAUCAGACUGGUCAGAUGAUGAAAGUCCAAAGAAGGUGGCAGUGAAUGGCGUCGGGGAGGAGGAAGAAGAGCAGGUAGAGGGAGUGCGAGUCAAAGCGCUCUAUGAUUACACGGGCCAGGAAGCCGAUGAGCUCAGCUUUAAAGCAGGCGAGGAGCUACUGAAGCUGGGAGAAGAGGACGAGCAGGGUUGGUGUAAAGGACAGCUGAGCAAUGGCCAGAUUGGCCUCUACCCCGCCAACUACGUGCAGGUCAUUGCUUCCUGAUGCCCCUCAACGGUAGAACCACCGUUUUUGAAAACAGCCUGGGUUUUUUUUGUUGCUGACUGUAAGGAAAAAAAAAAUUAAGCAUUUUUUUGUAAAUUCAACCAGUGCAAAGGUUUCCUUUUUCAUGAUGGAUUGUUCAAUCAACAAGACGUCAGCAGCACGGUCGAUUGGUAGAAGCUUUAGCUUCAGGCAGAGAAGCAUCCAGAGGCCUGCCAAACAAACUGUAGACACAGUAAAACAUGCAUGUUUGUUCUGUCAUAUCUUUGUUUUCUAAAGGGAUGUUUUAUUGGACAACACAUAUUUAGUCAAAAAAGACAAAGACUGGGUGGAGAUGACGUGAGCAGCAGCCAUCACAGCUGGCUCACUCACAAGAUUUCAGUGUAGGUUUUGAGUUUUCUUGGAUCCAGCAUCUAGGGGCCAUCACAGGAACUCCACAGCUUUCUCUGCUCAGCUGUGGUGACUGCUGCUGUUUCAAAUGAUAAAACCCAGUUAAACACUGACUGUGCCUUAGUUGAUAAGGUCUGAAAUAUACAGUGCCACCCUGCUGUCUGAGCAAGGAAUUGCAGCCUGGAUGUUUGCAGCGCCACCCUGCUGUGUGACUGAGGAAUUACAGCCUGCGUAUCUGCAGCAUCACCCUACUGUCUGACGGAAUUGCACCCUGGAUAUGUGCAGCACCGCGCUACUGUCUGAUCGAGGAAUUACAGCCUGCAAAUGCGCGACGCUGCCCAGCUUUCUGACUUAGAGAUUAUAGCUGUCUGCUGUAUAAUGGCCUCAUGGCCUUCGUCUAAACACGGAAGAAAUCUUUAAAACUUUGGGUACAUUACAGUCAAUUUAAUUAUGCAGGCAGCACUUGAUUGGCUUUCAUUUAGCUUGAUAUUUGUGGGCUUUGGUUACUUUUUAGACACUUUUUUUAUGUGACAGCUGCUUUUUUUCCCCCCUCAUGAUUAAUCAUUAGACUGAUCAAAGCAGUAAAGUCAACUGUUUCCUCUGGGUCUUUUUAAUCUAUACAUGGUUUUUUGUUGCUAGUCUGAUUUGCUAUACUAGGAUCACAAUGCAAAAUCAACUCAGACAUCCAAAACCAAAAAGUAAUAAGUUAAUAUUUUGUCUAAGUAUGUCAGGUUUGGGGGUUUUUCAUGUUUAAAUUUGUGUCUUACAUACAAGGAAGUCUCUUCUUUCCCUGUUAAUCUUAUCCCUGCUACAGCUAACCCACAUAGAUGUUAAAAUAGAAGAUAUUAGAUCUACUGCAUUGCUCUGUGGAUUCUUUCUUUUUCUUUCCAUAAUUGUAACAUAUACAUAUACAGUACCUACAGGGAUAAGCAACAAUAAAAAGCUUUCUGCA